UUAAGAGCCGAAACUGAUCAUUAUGGAGACGGGACUAACCUAAAUUGGUAGAACUACCUAACUUAAUAAAUAUAGUUCACAUUAUUUAAAGCCUUUCAUUUUCAUCAUUCACCAUAAACUAUCAUCCAUCGACCAUGGCUAAUCAAACUUGGACGCUGCCACCAACCACUGAUCCCUACCAAUUCCUCAAAAUCCACCAUAAUCCUAACGACACACUCACUCGAAAUCUUGAAGAUCCACACACUUCACCUUCAUCAGAUACCACUCUCCCAAUCUCUGUUCUUACCAAAGAUCUCACCAUCAAUAAUUCAAACCAGACAAGGCUUCGAUUAUUCCUACCUAAAAAAGCAACUGUUUCAAACCAAAACAACAAACUUCUACCACUUAUUGUUUUCUUCCAUGGAAGUGGCUUCAUCCUACUAAGUGCAGCCUCCACGAUGUUCCAUGAUUUUUGUGUCGAAAUGGCUGACACUGUGGAGGCCGUUGUCGCAUCGGUUGAUUAUCGUCUUGCUCCGGAGAACCGGUUGCCGGCGGCAUACGACGAUGCUAUGGAGGCAUUGAGUUUGAUUAGAUCUAGUGAAGAUGAAUGGUUGACUAAAUAUGUUGACUAUUCUAAGUGUUAUCUAAUGGGAAAUAGUGCCGGAGCUACGAUUGCGUACCAUGCAGGACUACGUGUGGUUGAAAAUGUGAAAGAUCUUGAGCCAUUGAAAAUUCAAGGGUUGAUAUUGCGUCAACCUUUUUUUGGUGGGACCCAGAGGACUGAGUCAGAGCUUAGACUAGAGAAUGAUCCUGUUUUUCCAUUGCGCGUUGGUGAUUUGAUGUGGGAAUUAGCAUUACCGAUUGGAGUUGAGCGUGAUCAUGAGUAUUCGAAUCUAACGGCUGGGAGUGGUUUAAAUGAAAAAUUUGAGAAGAUUAAGGGUCAAGGGUGGAAAGUGUUGGUGAGUAUGAACGGUGGAGAUCCGUUGGUGGAUCGCAAUAAGGAGUUGGUGAAAUUGAUGGAGGAGAAGGACGUGGAAGUGGUGGUGGAUUAUCAAGAAGAAGGUUUUCAUGGUGUUGAAUUUUUUGAGGUAUCUAAAGCAAAGAACCUCAUUGGAUUGGUGAAGGCUUUCGUUUCCUAGUUUGCUUCCUCUUAGGGUCAGGUCAACUAUAAAAUAAAAUAAAAAGCAAUAAUCAUUUUCUUUGUCAUCUAAAUUGUCCUUUAUUUCUACAUGUAAUAUGGAUCUGAUAUGGAUCUACUUUAAAGAAUUAAAUAAACACGGGUGAAUGUACUAUGGA